UGACAACUGAUGACAACUGAUUGAUGAUGGAUACGUAUAACCAUACGAAUCACAUGAUGUGGCAGUCCUGAAUUACUCUGGAUAUUCGUACAUAUAAUAUAUAGGAGCAGAUAGGAGCGACUGCUUUCUUAAAUAAAUAUAGCAUUCUUAUACGAAAAGAGUUGGUGCCUGUAAUGCUUGUGAAAGGAUUAUUAGUUUAUUAUAUAGAUUAUACAUUGUCUGGGAUUUUAUGUAUAAUUGGUAUCUGUACUAGGUGUUAGCAUUUCGUUUAUCAACGAAACAACUCCAUUGAAUUAUGUUUGAAGAUAGCUGGUUUUUAGACUCGAUCGGUACAUUCGCCGUUAAUCAGCAAUCGAAGAACAUAACCUACAUGUUGCGUUUCUGUUUUUCUUUUGUCGUUCGAUCCGCUGAUGAACCAUGGAGUCUUCUAUACUAAACGCGGCACACGAAAGGCAAAGGAGAGCCGAAGCACUGUUACAAGAGGGGCGAUUCGAAGAAGCAGCCAAGUGUCACGAAGCAGUGGCCAGCCUCUUGGGAGAAGCUUACGCGCAACUGGAACCUGGUUACGUUUGCUCAAAAACUUCCAGUUUAUCCGGUUCGAUUGGUCCAGCGACGAUUGCCUCGUUCCAUUCUUUGGUCACUUUAGAAUCUUUGGCGCUUCAAUGCGAUUAUCACAAGAGACAAGCCGCUGUAGUUAGAAUGAAACAAGCGCAAUACGAAGAAUACAAAGCUACGUUGGAAAACCAGCAGCGUGAAAUUCUUAGUAAACAGGCACCUAAGCAAUUAGAGAAAGAUACAACCGAGUUGCCAUCGGAGAAGAUUGACGGAUCUUUGCGUCAAGCUAUAUAUAGAACGAUCGAAGAGCAAGAUAGCCUUUUGAGUUUGAUUUCUUUACCAAAUAACGAAGAUAAGGCUUUUAAACAUCCAAAAGAUACUGGCACUGUCAUCGAAGAGCUGAAAACUGUGAAUUGCCAGUUACGUUGUCACAUUGGCAGCUUGCUCAGUCAAUUAGAGGCUAAAGAGGAGGAGGUGCGUCAACUGACGGACCAACUGCACGCUGUAUCCGUUAGUCCGAGCGACGAGACCAGAUUAGAUAAUGCGCAUUCUUCGCAUCUUGCACCCUUGCCACCUUUAACUCCUCUCGAAAUGCCACUUUUUGACUUUACGUCCGCGUAAAAUAUCAUAAGGUAUUAUUCGAAACAGAUCGUCUGCGUCUGCGUCUGCGUCUGCGUCUGCGUCUGCGUCUGUUCGAAUCGAAUCGAAUCGAAUCAAAUCAAAUCUUCCAUAACGUACGAGAUUCAUUUAAUCGUUUACGAAAUUAAAUCGAAUUUGUAAUAGUACAAAAAUUAACGAUGGAAUUGGUUUACUAUUCGAUCUCUGGGUAGAUAAUUUUGAAAUCGAAGUGUAUUACAAUUGCUGUCUUGUAUCGUUCGAAAGCAGACAAAUAUGUGACACCGUAGCGUAUUCGAACUCGAACGUAUCGUUACUUAGGCGAUGCUACGCAGAGGGAUCAAAAUACAUAUCGAUUAUAGAUAUUACGUAGUCGCAACGUGUAUUCAUUCGUUUUGUUUGCGCGUGAAAUCUGUUAAGAGUAGGUGUCUAUGUGUGCGUGUAUAUAAUAAAUAAGAGUAAGCGAUUUCUAGAUUAAAAUACUGCCAUUAAGAUAUUUUUAGGCAGAAGCGAAUGUUAUGUAAAAGUAAUAUAUGCUCUUGGCGGAGUUGUAUAGCAUAUGUAUGUAAUCUUUCUCUAUCGUGAUUUCAACAGAAUACGAUUAUCUGUUGGUUGAUUUGUUUAAACGUUAUAUCGUCAAGCACAUAUGAAGCGAUUGGAAAACUUGAUUGUAUAAUAGGAAAUGUUGGAAAAUAAAAGUUGGUUGAAAGUAA